CAACGGGUUUGAAGGGCCCACUGCGUUGCCAGAGUGGUCUGUCGAUGUGAUUCAAUGUAUUAAACCGCACCAAUUUGAUUCUGUCCCUUUAAACAAAUGAUCCACAGCAAGCUGGAUGUGAGAAUAUGCUAGAGGGUCCCAGCGAAGAACCCUGAGGAACUCCAAAAGACAUAAAAAUGUGGGACUGUAUGGCUUAAUUAAACAAUCCAUAACAAGCUUGAUAUGAGAAACGUGGGGAGACCCAAAGUGGAACCCUGAGGAACCCCAUAAUAGAAAUGAUUGUGGAAUUGUAUAGUUUAGAGUCAUAUUCUCAUAAUAAUAACUAGAUCAUUAUGAGUUAAAUGAAUAUUUCACAUUAUAGUAUGUGAAGAGAAGGAGCUUUUCAUCUUUGCAAUUAAUGCGCUGUUGGUAUUAUAUCAGUGAAAAGGCCAAAGAGAAAACUCAAAACGUACUGGUCACGGUUAAAUCCAGCAUGCAAUAUUCAGUGCUCAGUGGACUCCAAUGUCCGUUGAUUUUAAAGACCUAAAAAGUAGAUUUUUUUCCUAUUGCCGCAGUACAUGUUCACGGUUGCGCAUCGCUUGUGCUGGAAUAAUACAGGAAGCAGGAGCCCCGGGUUGUGUGAACGUUAGCAAAUUGGACCUUGUGUCAUUAAUGAGCUCUGUGGCUUUCAGCAGCGCACUGCAUCAGAGUGCUUAAAGGCGAGUCCCAUACAAGGAGGUGCUGCAGGGGCACCCUGGGCUGUCGCAAGAUGAAAAACCACAUUUUUUUUGCUUUUUUCCAUGUGCCGAAAGGUUCUGUGACUUUGCUGGACUGGUCUCUUAUCGUGGGUUGGAGAGUCCUAGGCCGGUACUGGGAGUGGAAGGGAAAGGAGGAGGGACCUGGACCUUCAGAAAGUGCGUCGCCGGCUGGCUCCGGGCCACACGAUAACUUUGUUCUUGGGCCAGGAAGGUGACAUCAUGAUGGAUGAGGAUGGAGACCCGUUUUUAUCUGUGUCGGUGCCUCCGCAGUGACAGACGGGCCGCGGGUCCUCCCUAAUCGCCAAUGCUCCUGCCUUAUCUUGACCCUGCCCCUUAUGGUCAUAUGUUCUCUGUGGAGUGGCCUGUGUGUGUGUUUCUGUGUCUGUGUGUGUGUGAAGGUUCUCUUUAAAGGCAGAGGAUGGGGUGCUAUUGAGACAAACUUGACGUGCACGGCACCCGUCGCGUCCACCCAGUGAGCAGCUCUGAAGACCUUCCUGGCUACAUCUGGAGAUCUUGAGGAGUAUCUCGCCAAACUCUGAAUUCCACAUCACGACGCUGCUCAAUCCUCGUCUCUGUUUUUGACAGUGCUUUCGGAGCCUCGAAAAGAACACCGAGCGGAUGGCGCCCUGGUUUCGACCCACGUUCCCUGGCGGUCGGCUCCGGGACAUCCUGUUGGCGGUGCUGAGCCGCGCGCUCUUCGCCGCGCAUGGUGUGGUCAGCGUGUGGCGGGUCGUGGUGGAUGUGGGCCAGCCCAUCUACUGGCUCUUGCUUGCUGGCAUCGCCCUGCUGGCUGUGGAGAUGCCUGUGACGCUGCGGUGCACUCGCAAUGCCGAAUGGAGAUGGUUCUCCCCCAUGGUGUUCCUGUAUCUCAGCACCGUUAUCCCCUCCAUUUGGUUCCUGGAGCUGAACCUGCUACAGACGAAGCAUCGCAGCGGUGUUCCCUCAGCAAAUGACCUCCACCUGCUGGCCCACAUCCCCAUAGCCGCUGACUUGGCGCAGCUGGACCCCGAGAAUUGGGCUACAGGUCUGGAGCAGACCAUGCUCAUCGUGCUGGUGCUGGGGCGCUGGCUCAUGCCCAAGGGCGACAUGUCACGGGACCAGCUCUCGCAACUCCUCAUGGCCUACGUGGGCUUGGGUGCCGACAUCCUGGAUGUCUUUGAUACUUUCCGUGAGCCGGAGGUCAGGACCAACCGGGCCGUAGUGUUGGCCGGGCUUGGACUCUUCACCUGGGCUCUCAUGCAGUUCCCCCUGGUGUUAACCCAAACCAGCUCGCCGAAGCCUCGGCGCCCCCUAGAGGAUGGGAGGACCAAGGGCACAGAUCAGUCCUGCUGCUCCAGUGAGGCGUGGAGCUUAAUGCUCACGGUGGGCCUGCAGGAUGGACCCUUCCUCGUCUACCGCCUCUACCUGAUGGCCCGGGAGAGGGUGCUCAACCAGCUCAUGAUCUUCUUUACCUGCAAGAACAUCCUGGUUGUCCUGCUCGAGAUUUACCGGAUCCUGGUGGUCCAGUGCGAGAGGGCGAGGCUGCCACAGGAAAGCCAGAACCGGUGUGCGACCCCACACGGGGAAGAAGGUCCAGAGGGCGGGAGCAGAGGCCACAGCUGUCAGUCGUAGACUCUCCGGCACUGUUUUCAGGAGAGCUUGUCAAACAUUCAAGGGCUGAUUCUGAGUUCCACGUUCGAGAUCUUAUAACCGGCACCCCAGGAAUUCGUCCAAACCGUCAGCGAGCUGCCGAGAAACCCCGUAAUGACAGCUUAAUCAGUCCGCCUGGACGUUCUGUCCCCGAGAGAACGCAGCGACACAAAGGUGCGGUUGUCUCUCAUCAGCAUAUUUGAAACGGUGGAGACGGCCCUUCGGGAACAUAUUUCAUAACCUGCCAGUUGCAGCGAAAUAAAGCACAGAAACGCAAUGCUGUAAUGUCUGUAAUAGCUGAGAAUAUUUAUUCGUGCUAAAUCAUGAUGUAAAACAGAUUCUCAUCACAUGUCAGCUCCAUAAAACGAGUGUUUUGGAACGAGUAAAUAACAGAAAUAAUACAUUCCACUGCGUAUUAUGUAUGUACUAUGUAUGUGUGUGAAAUGCAUUUUGUUUUUAAAAACCUUAACGAAAAAAGCUAACUGCACACAACAGCCUGAUGGAUGAGUUGUACUUUGGAAGCCAGGGUCCGCGAGUGGCGGUCCGAGAGCCUCCCUCCCUCCCUCCAUCCACAAGAUGGCAGUGUCUCCAUGUCCAAAUCCCUGGUCAAACGCCGUUGGACACGGCGGUGAGAUGGGCGAAUAAAACUUAGAAUAAAACUUUAAAAGCAGCACGGAUGCUGCUCGCCAGUAGAACGCAAGUUAGCGGAUUACAGUCGGUCUGGAAUGCUGCGAUUCAGG